AUGGUAAACUGCGUAAACUGUUACAAACCUCAAAAUAAAUGCAACUGUAAAUUAAUUUACGAAAGGAAGAGCAGUAGUGGGUACAUGAAAUCGAUGUUUUGUCUUUAUUGCGAUAAGCCUCGCGACAAAUGCACGUGUAUGGCGAUAGCACGAAAAUGUUCGUACUGUGAACUGCCUAUAAAUAUGUGCAUGUGUAAGGAGCAGAAAACAAUUUGCGAUGGAAGACCGGUCCUGACCGAGUCUAAUAACGAUUGCACUAUGUACGUCACUGCGUGGAAGCCUAGAGAAGAAGUACGACGUUACUUUUCUAGGAACUUGACCGAUCUUAAAACCGAUUCCAUCAAUGAAUGCUGCUGCUGCGAGAAACUUAAGCAGCAUAACUCCGAUGACCUUCCUUAUCAACGACUAAGCGUUUUUUCCGACGUGAUGGAUGAAUUGCAGCAAAAAAUAAUCGAAUCUACGUGUUGUGCGCGAUGCCAAAAAGUUCCUUGCUGUUGUAAUGUUAAUGUAGAAAGAGAUGAGAGAAGAGAAGAUAGGAAGAUAAAGUAUUGUAUCAGCCCUAAAACACGACGGAAGAUUAUCGCCGUAUGUAUGGAAAAAGCGAAAAAUAAAUCAUUGAAUAAUUGCAAAUACGAGUCUAAUCACGCAAAGAGCGACAAACAGAAAAAAGUAUUAGUAGCCCUUUGUUGUGUUUGCAAAGCAACACCCUGUAGAUGCAAGAGAUCUAAAUCCAGUCAGAAAAAGUUGAAAGCGAAAUGUUAUUAUUGUAAAAAUUCACCGUGCAUCUGCAUUGCGGCCAGAGAGCGCAACAAGUCGAGGCCAUGCAGGUGCACUGAUUCACCUUGCCGUACGAAAGAGAAGGAAAGCACAUCGUAUGGAAAAACAUCUACGAAACCGAAGAACAAUGACGAAAAGACAAUUUGCGUGCACUAAUGUGACACCUGUCGUUACUUGAUUUACAAUUUGGAAUACAAAGUCAAUUGGAGCAAACUGCCGCUCAGGAUUUUUAAACAAAAGCCAACAAACGAUUUACAUUUUCCGAAAUUUCUGAAAAUGAACCCCUUCUUCAUAGUCUUCGAUAAUAUCUUUAUACAUAAGAAAAUUUAUUUGAAUUAUAUUGUUAAGAGCGUUCUACGAACAACGGUUCAAACGAUUCUGCUGCAUUCGCAAUUUUUCAUUUUUCACAAUCAAAAGCAGCAUUUUUAUUUAACUGAUAAUCGAACGUAUCCCCUUCCCACUUCUUUUUUUACAGAAUUUUUAUGAAAAUUUUCCAGUGUCCAUUUCCUUUCUUUUCUUUUUCAAAAUUGGUUAAAGUAUAUAACAGUGUCGAGGAUUUAACUUUAAAACUUCAAGUAUGUUUACAUUAAA